AUGACGGACCUCAACAUUUUGAACCGAAGACGAGGAGGUCUCAAAGGACAAGUCAUGCGGCUGCUAUCAUCUAUAGGAAGUGAUAUCGACGCAAUGGACUCGACGGAAAUCGGUUGCAAAGUUGAACAUGUGCAAGCUCUAAAAACCAAAUUCGAGCAGCUGAAAUUAGAUUACUAUUCAGUGCUGAAGGAUGAGGAAUUGGACGAAAAUGAAGAGAUUUUCAUUGAUCUCGAAGAAGAAUUAGAAAAAAUAGAAGUCGCCCUCAAGCGCAAGUUCAAGCAGCUGAACAACAAUAUUUCCCGCUCCUUUAAUGAUGCACCACCUAACUCAACAAUCAGUAUCCGGCUUCCCGAAAUAUCACUUCCAAAAUUUAACGGUAAAUAUGAAGAAUGGUUCCUCUUCAAAGAACAAUUUAACUCCAUCAUCAAUAGCAACUCUUCCCUCUCAGAUUCACAAAAACUGUAUUACCUGAAAUCAUCACUUAUCGGCCGCGCCAAAGAAAUAGAAACAAUAGAUGAUACCUACCAGUCCCUGUGGAAGGCCUUGACUGAGAGGUUCGAAAAUAAGAGACUAAUUGUGAACAGUCAUAUACAAGAGCUGUUAAACAUCCAGAAAAUUACUCAUGAGUCUGCAGAUGAGCUGAGAAAUCUUGUGGACAAGAUUCAUAAGCAUCUGCGUGCACUCCGGCAAAUGGAUCUGCAAUGUGCUCCAAUUGAAUUCAUUGCUCUGUCAGAUGAUUCCUGCUUACUGCUUCUAGCUGGAAAAUUAGAUGAGGUGUUUCUCUGUCAUAUUCCUACAAAAGAAACUGUGUGGUUUUCGAACAUGGUUGCAGAGAAAAUAGAUCUUUCAGAAAGAUUUCCAGCCUCAAAAGUACAAGAUGGAUUUUUGAUGUAUGGCGAAACAGUGUCUGUUGGAUUAGCUAUUAAAAUGCAGACCUCUUUUAAACCACCUGAUCGUGAUGAUGAUGACAAUGGUGAUGGUGGUGACAACGAGAAUGAUGAUGGCCCUGGUGACGACAAUGAUGAUGGUGAUAGAAAUAGUUACGACUCUGAAUUCAAUCUUAAAGUUGACGACAGUAAUAUAUUACUUUCAAGUGACAAUGGAUUAAGUUAUAAUGUUUUCGAACUGAGAAGUUUUCCUUCAUUUGAAAAAAUUUAUACUAUGAACAUGUCUACAUAUGUACAACUGAUUGACUGCAAGCCAAAUCAGUUCCACGCAGUUGACACCCAUUUAGCGACUUCUUCGUACGUGGCUCGGCGCAUUUUCCCUCCUUUGGUGAAGGAAUGCAGACCCUCAGUCAUCCAUUCCUCCCACUGUCGUCGCAUUUCCGCCUUGAACGCCUUGUUUACGGAUAAGUCCAACGGCUGUAAAACUUUUGUCAUGCCGCCAGGAAUUACGGCCAAUGUGGCCGAUAGAGCUUUGCACUUUAGUUUCACACUAUCUAGCAGUUCAAAUCAGAGUGAAUAUUUUAAUGUAAAAAGCAUGUAUGAAACAUCUCUCGCAUCAAGGCUGCAGAGUUUGAUUCAAAGAAAGAAAUUUUUGGAAGCAGAAACAUUUGCUAUCAAUUCUCAUUUAGAUUUUGAAGUUAUUCAUAAAACAAAAAUAGUUUGUUUGCUAGCAGAUCUAUCUUCUACUGAAAAAAACCUCUCCAACAUAGAAUUGAACAACAUCUGGAAUGACAUAAGCCUCUCUCUUGAAAAAAUACAGGACCUAGAUUUUAUUGCACAAAAGCUGCAAAUUACUUUACCAGACAUACAUUUGAUGGAAAAAUGGCUUUCUAUUGUGAAAACUUGGGUUAAUAAAAGUUUGAACAAACUGGUUACUUUUCAACUUUUAGAAGCAUCCUUUUCACUGAGUAUGACAUUGAAAGAUUUUUUAUCCAAAAAUUUAUUGGAAUAUAUUUUGUCACAACUAGCAGUUGGUCACUUAAAGAAGGCUUUACUUGUAUGGAAAUGCCAUAAGAAUGAACUACUUUCUUCUCUUACUGAAGAUGAUGUUAUGAAUAUUUUAGAAAAGGUUCCAUACAACCUUACAUCAAACUUUUUAAUGCAGUUCCUAGAAGAAGAUUUAUUUCCAGUUGUGUUUCUAAGACUUCCUUCUGUUAUAGAUAAUGUUGCAGAAUGGCUCAUUCGUCGUGUGAAACUCUUGGAAAUGGAUGAAAAAAAAAAAAGGAUUGAUCCUACUUCUUCCAUUGGAGCUUUAUCUGCACUUUCACAAAAUUUAGAGCUUCUCACAAAACUUAAGAAAGAUUUUUCUUGCACAGUUCCCUCAGCUUACUUUGAGGAGUCCAAAAUGGAUCUAAUUUUUGCAGUUUUAGAUACAAUAAAUUUACCCUUGUUAUGUGAUGCUGUCAAGAGUUUUGUCCAGCCAUAUACUUUAGAAAAUGAACUAAAUUUAGAUUUCUGCCUUGAAAAUUACAUUGAAUAUGCAGUUCAAUCAGCGUUCUCGGUUUGGAGCUCUAAUGUGGAGGAAUCGUGGGAGGAUAGAUGGAUCGAAGUAAUUAAUUGCAUUGGAGAUCCUAACAUGUGGAACAAAGCAGCUUUGGUCAUCUUAGACAAAGCUACUGUUCCAUGGUCUGACAAAGUCCGGAAUCUUUUGAAACAAGGAUUGGUUUCUGGUAAUCCAAAACGAGAAGAUUUUGAAGUUCAAGCUACACGAAAUGCAGUAAAAGAAAUACUGAAAAAAUAUGAAAUAAAGGAUCUGAAGAUUGACCAAGAUGUCUGUGAUCCAGAAAUGGUUGUAAAGUAUAUUUUUAGAAAGAAUUGGCCAUCUGCAUUUGACGAUGCAAAAAAGAUAAUUUGCUCAUAUCGUGGUUGUCCGGAUGCCGAAAUUCAUUUCAAGUACUUGCAGUAUUUUUUAAUUAGCAAUAAGCUUGAUGAAAUGAUUGAGAUGUUGUCAACCCUUGCCAUUGAUGAUGCUGUUGAAUGCUGCAAUAGAUUAAUGUCAUAUUUAUCUUGUUGUUUGGAAGAUAAAUAUUUAGUGAAGAAUGACACUCAUUCCAUCGAAGUCAUGAUUGAUGCUUCUAUUUAUAUAGCUCAUUUUUUGAAAAGAAAUAAGAAAUCAGUUGAUGAAGAAAUGUUGAUUUUCUUAAGAUGUCUGAGGAAACUACAAGUAAAAUUUCAAAUGUUUUUAACACUAACUGAAUUCUCCAAUAAGUUGUAUGUUGAAAGAUUCUUGGAAACUUACAUUCAUUCUUCUUUGGAAAUUGUUCAAAAAGAGGAGGCCAAAGUGAAUGAUGAAAGAUCUGACUUAUUUUCUACUGCUGUUGUUAAAAUCAGUAGAUUGAGCGAUGCUCUUCUAGUGCCUAGAGAAAAAAUGGUAUCAAUGUUGAUUUUUAUUUGCUUAGAAAAAAAGAAAUAUAAUUGUGUCCUUAUGUUGUGCAGGGAUCUUAUAGUUUCUUAUCCUAGUGAAAGAAAUGCAGAAACAUUGAUGGAAGUCGUUGAACAUUUCUUUACAAAUUUCAGCAGUUUGGAAAACAUAAGUUUUGAUGUUAUGAUUGAAACCAUUUGCCACUUGACUUCAACAGCGGUCACAUAUUCUGAUGAAAAGUUAAUUAAACCGUUUCUAUAUGCUGUAAAUCUUUGUGCUUACUUUUCCACUAUCAAGAAGAUUAUUGGGCAGCAAGCGUCAUUGCCUUCAACAGCAUUUACUGUAGACUCUUAUGAUACAUGGAAGUUUUCUCCAAUGUAUAAUGACAAAGGUUUUCAGUUAGAAAGAAAAACAAUUGUAGAAGCUGUAACAAACAUCAUGCCUCUUUUGUUCAUGGAACGCAAUCACUCUGAUAAUGCAAUUGUGGCCUCUAUGGAUGGCAUGUUUCAAAUUGGGAGACAAUUGUAUGUUCACAUGAUGGAGAGGGGACAUGAAAUUGCUGCUCUUAAUACUCUGUUGAUGUACUAUCAACUAUUUCUUAAAGUAACUGAGGGCAGUGCAAAUGUUUCAGAUGCUUUUGAGCUCAUCUACAAUGAUGUUGAGAAUGUUGUGUUUUCAAUUUUGCAAAAAAUUGUUUCUCAGAGAAAUGUUGACAUACAUUAUGCUUUAAGUUUAUUAACACUCUUGCCAGAGAAGAACAGAAUCAUCUCAUUGAAAAAACUGUUGAAAUGGUGUGCUACGAAACUGCAUUGUCUUAGGGCCAUAGGAAAAAUUGGUUCUGAAUUUGGAGCUUUAUAUCAUGAUAGUGACCUCUCUACAGAGUAUGGCCGAAUUUAUAAAAAGGCAUCAAUACUACUAAUGCACAACAUGAAGUUUGUUUCUGCUGAUCAAAUUCUGGAUUCAACAAACAAGGAUUAUGGCUGGCAGAUUGUGAAAGAAAUCAUGUCUCCAAAUGUAGAUCUCUCGAGUAUUUAUGAGUGUUGUGAAGCUUUUGACUUACCAACAAACUAUGUAUUGGUCACUUUCCUCAACAAUCUGCUCUCUGAAAUCGAUAGGAGCACUCUUAAUUGUACCGAAUUAAAUGAAAGUGAUGUUGCUGAGCCUUUAAGAACUGCUAAAUGUAUUUUGCAAAAUAUUAAAGAUGAAGAUUUGGUUUUAUCAAGCCUGCAAAAUUUGUUAAAAAUGAUUAGUCCAUACAGUUAUGAGAUUCUUCUGUUUGUGUAUCAUGAACUGUUAAAAGUGUCAGCCAAUGUAACAACUGUGGAUUCUGAAUCCAUUGAAAAGGGCAUUAUAAUCUUAAAGUUUCUUAAAGUUUACAAGAGAAGAUCUCCUCCCACAGAGUCGGAGCUUCAGCAAUGGCUUGCUAUUCAUCCUACUGCCUUUAAUCUACCUGCACUAUCUAAAACAAGAAUGUCAUUUGGAUCUUUAAUGCACGGAAAAGUGCAUACGAUCAUCAAUCCUGAACUUGCUCCUCAAACUUUGAUGCUUUGGUUAGAGCUAGCAAAGUGGCUAGAAUUAUCUGAAGAUGAGCUUAAAAUGAUUGCAAUAAAAAACUUAGUUUCAAAUUAUCUUGCUAAACAUUCUGGAACAAAUGUUGCUCUGAGUGAAGAUUUGGUGCUUUUAGACACUAUAAAUAAUUUGAUGCAAAAGAUUAAUAAUCCAAAAUUGGCUACUGUUUGUGCAAACUGGAUUGCUAAUAUGAUGCCAAAAGGAGCCAAUUGUGUGACGUUUUCAAAUCUUGCUGUAAAAUAUGCACAAAUUUGGCUGAAUCAAUCUCCAAUGGACUCAAGCGCUGCAAGCAGCUUAAAAAAUUUACUGCGGCGUCGCCAAAGAGCUGCCAUUGAAAGGAUAUUGUUCAGUUCUAACUUUUCUUCUGAAAGAAUAUUGACCUGCGCUCAUGAUCCUCGUCAACUUAUUGAGUAUUUAUUGGAGGAGUAUUGUGCAUCAGUUAACUCGAGUAUGAAAGUUUGUAAAGUUGCAUUUGAUAUUGCUGAAGAAACCAAAAUUGAUCUAACUGCAAUUUUUUCCAAGUUUUUUUUCAACUGGCUGAGUUUCUCCCCCUGCGAUUCAAAUUUGGAUGAAUCAAUAUUAGGUUCUCCUACAAUUCAAAUUAUUGAAGAUUCUAGUGAUGAUAACCAAAAUUUGUUGAAAGCCAUGUUCUUGCUUCUGGGCAUUCCAUCAGAAUUUUACCCAAGAAUUUCUGAAGCAGCAGCAAAAGAACUGAAAAAUCUGUCAGCUAGUCAGCAGGGUAGAUUAUUGUUUUGUUUAGCAUCAGUAUUUGGAAACAAGGUAGCAGCGCAAUUUCUCAACAUUGAGUCCAAGAUCCUUGAUGACUAUUUGAUACCUUUCAUGUGUGCUUCCUACCUUGAGAGCUUAAGAAUUAUAUGCCCUGUAGAAAUGUUCCUGAAAUGCAGUAAAGUGGAGUUGAUCCAACAAAUAUUAUCUACACACUCGAAUAGUUCAAAGGCACUCCUCUUUUGUGUCAAACUGUGUUUGGAAUACAAUAUAUGGACUUCUGAAAUCUGGGAAGUCAUACUUCAAAGAAUGACUGCUAUGUCAAUGGACAAAGCAUUAGAAGGUAUUCUUGUUACCUAUCAAGAUAAAAUAAUGAAUUUGUGGCAUAGUAAAGCCUUUAUUUCUGCUUGGAAAUGUGUCGUCAAUGGUGUUUUUAAAAUGGAUAAUGUUGAUGCAUCUAAUCUUAUUUCAAGAAUAUAUAAAGCUCUUCUACAAUGUCCUUGUACAACUUCUCUGGAUAUUGAAUCUUUGUGGACUGAAAUCAAGUUUUCUCUACAGACAUCCUCUGAUAUUAAUUUAGAUGAACUGAAGCCUAAAUCGGAUGUGUGCUCCCUCAUUGAAGCUUUGGAGAUAUUACUGGAAAAUAAAUGAUUUUUCAUUGAGUACUGCAUUUUCAGAUUACUUUCUCAUGGUGCAUGGCGUAAAUAUUUAAAGCUGGUGUGUAAAUUAUGUACAGUUUUGCUAAUAAAUUAUUUUAAAAU